CUAACCUCACUUUUUAUAACCUCAAUAGGCAAUAGGCCUACUUAUUGUAUUUUGAAUAUUACUUGGCCUGUAAUAUUAUUGUACUUUAAAGAGAUUAUUUAUAGUGGAUUGAGAAUUCCAAUUGUCUAGCAAAGUUAGAAAAUUAACCUUAGCUUGGGCCUAUCACUAAGUUAGUGGGCUGUUGUUUACACAAGCAGAGAUAGGCCAUGCCUAUGCCUAUCUCUGCAUAUGAGAUAGGCCCAUGAUUUUGGGCAGAUGCCUAUAGGCCAUACAAUAUUAGGAUAUAAUUACCAUCCAAUUAUACUGCCAAAUCCUAAUUUGAGUUUAUUUUUUUAGAUCAUGAAAACGCAGGCGCAGCGAUACCACAGAACAUCUCUUCUGUCAGUGAAAAUUCAGAACACAAUAUCGCAGUUGUUGCUGAUGCCAAAACAAGAAAACGUAAAAGGAAUAUUAACAAAAAAACAGAGCGGAAAAUGAAACGUGCUUAUGGGAAGGAGUAUUUCACAGCAAAAGGCAAAAAGGUGGCGCAAAAAAUAUUCGUAAAUGAACCAUGUCAGCCUUCUUGCAGAAAUAAAUGCAAUGAAUUGGUAGCCGAAGAAGAAAGGAAGAUUUUAUUCCAGAAGUUUUACGAUAUGGCCAGUUUUCAAGCACAAAAUGCUUAUAUUUGUGGACUUUGCCAGCAGUCAACACCGAUUACUCAUCGAAUAAGAGAUGGCUCUAGAGGAAUAAAAAAUCGAACAGUAAGGUACCACUUACAAUUACCUACCAAAAACGUUAAAGUGUGCAAGCAGUAUUUUUUAGGUACAUUUCAAAUCUCAAACGGAAGAGCUUCUAGAGCCCUCAAAAAGGUUACAGAUGGAAAAGAGCCGGGUAGCGAUUUAAGGGGGAAGCAGGUUUCUGUUAACAAAACCGAUGAAGGUAGACUGAAAAUACUCAGAGAUCAUAUUUCUUCAUUUCCCUCGUAUGAAUCACAUUAUACAAGAAGUCACAAUCCGAACCGCAAGUAUUUACCAGAAUCUCUUAACAUUAGAGAGAUGUACAAUCUGUACAAGAAUCAUUGCUAUACUUUGAACACACAACCUCUAUCAGAGUCAAUGUACAGAAAAGUGUUCAAUUUUGAAUUCAAUUUGCACUUUCAUCAGCCUCACAAGGAUACGUGUGUGAAAUGUGACACGUUCAAAAUGAAACUAGCCAUAGCUGAAGAUGAAGAAGAAAAGAGAAAUAUUGAACGUAUGAAGGAAAUACAUUUGAGAAAAGCAGACCUUGCAAGGGAGAAACUAGACGCAGCGAAAGAAGAAUCCAAGAACAAUUCCAACGUUUAUUCAUUUACGUUUGAUCUUCAGAAGGCGUUAGCUUUUCCAAAUUUGACAUGUUCAAUUGCAUACUACAAAAGAAACAUGUAUGUGUACAAUCUGGGCUGUCAUCAGCUAGCAGAUAGUUCAGCUUUCAUGUAUGUUUGGAAUGAAGUUGAAGGUUCCCGAGGAUCUCAAGAGGUUGCUUCUUGUAUUACAGAGCACUUAAGUCACAAUGUUUCCAAUGAUGUUAGUCAUGUAAUAAUGUUCAGCGAUAGCUGUGGCGGGCAAAACCGCAACAUCAAGCUUGCUCUCACCAUGAUGCAGUUUAUUCAACAAGAGAAUUGUAAAAUUCAGACAGUAGAUCAUAAAUUUAUGGUCAGCGGACACUCAUUUCUGCCUAAUGACGCAGAUUUUGGCAUUAUAGAAAAGUAUUCUAAAGGAAAAACAAUGUACUCUCCUCGUGAUUGGUACGAUACCAUAACAAAGUCAAAGAAGAAGAAGCCCUUUGUGGUUAAAAUCAUGAACCGAGAAGACUUUAAUUCCACUCAGGCGCUCGAAAGAUCAAUUACUAGAAGAAAAACCAAUGUAGAUAAACACAAAGUAUCUUGGUUUAGUAUCCAAUGGUUGAGGUAUGUUAGGGACCAACCCUUCAAGAUCUUUUACAAGGAGACACUGAAUGAUGACAUUCCCUUUGAUUGUCUUGACAUCACCCCAGCAAAAAAAGGAAGGCGAAUGGUAUCCCUCGCAAGUAUCACAACUGAAGCUCUGUACUCGUCACCUCGUCCGGUUACAGCAGCGAAGAAGAAGGACAUGAUGGAUCUCCUAGCCUUCAUUCCUCCCAUCCACCAUAGUUUCUACACAGACCUGACAGUUGGAAAUCAGCCUGAAGGAAUUGACGACACCCCCAUCAUCGAUCGUUGCAGUGAAUCAGAAUCCGAUGAUGAAAAGGACUAAAGGAUAGGCUAACUUAUCAUUGUUCAAUGUUUUUGUAGCUAACUAAUGGCAAAAUAAAUGAGUUCUUUCAGUUUCUUA